UAUUAACAGCUGAGCUUAGCGCACAACUUUGCAGAGUUCCGUGGCAGAGCAGAGCAAGGGACUGGUGUGGAGACAGUUGAAAGGGUUCGGUGCUUUUCACUUGACCAGAGUUUUAGCUCUCUUGAACUUUUGACUGACUACAGGCUACUUUAUUUUGUGAGGCUCUUUAAACUUCAGCGUUUUUUUUCGAGUGCUCGGCACCACUUUCAAGUCGUUUGAAUGUAUAACAUGAUGGAAACCGAGAUUAAAAGCCCCCUUCCGCAGUCCAACACGGGCUCGGCGGCGGGCGGCAAAAACAACAAUUCCAACGACCUGGACCGGGUGAAGCGGCCUAUGAAUGCUUUCAUGGUGUGGUCUCGCGGGCAGCGGAGGAAGAUGGCACAAGAGAACCCUAAAAUGCACAACUCUGAGAUCAGCAAGCGCCUCGGUGCUGACUGGAAACUUUUGACUGACACCGAGAAGAGACCCUUCAUUGAUGAGGCCAAGCGGUUACGAGCCAUGCACAUGAAGGAGCACCCGGAUUACAAAUACCGUCCCCGCAGGAAGACCAAGACCCUGCUGAAGAAAGACAAGUAUUCCUUGCCCGGAGGACUCUUGGCACCUGGUGCCAACGCUGUCAACAACGCCGUGUCAGUGGGCCAGCGGAUGGACUACACGCACAUGAACGGCUGGACGAACAGCGCGUACUCCCUCAUGCAGGACCAGCUGGCCUACCCUCAGCAUCCCAGCAUGAACAGCCACCAGAUCCAGCAGAUGCACCGGUACGACAUGGCGGGACUUCAGUACCCGAUGAUGUCCACGGCCCAGACCUACAUGAACGCCGCGUCCACGUACAGCAGCAUGUCACCAGCAUACACACAGCAAACUUCCAGUGCAAUGGGUUUGGGCUCCAUGGCUUCAGUGUGCAAGACGGAACCCAGCUCUCCUCCUCCGGCCAUAACCUCUCACUCUCAGCGUGCUUGUUUGGGAGACCUGAGGGAUAUGAUAAGCAUGUACCUGCCCCCCGGAGGAGACAGCGCCGACCACUCCAGCUUACAGAGCAGUCGGUUACACAGCGUUCACCCGCACUAUCAAAGCGCAGGGACUGGCGUGAACGGAACGCUACCCCUAACCCACAUUUGAAAGACUCCUAAAAAAGACUAAGUACUUCGGAUACUUGAACAUUUUGAUUUGCAAAAAAAGAAUAGAAGUUCAAUUUCUAUUUUUAAUCUCAAUGAUUUGUCCGUUUUAAAGCAUUUUAUGACGACAUAUCGGGGACUUCAGAAUAAACUGUAUUGCAGAGGAGCUUUUUAUCAUAAGCUGUAAAGCAAUCAACGUCUGUAGAAGAAUACUACACUUCUGACUUAUUUGCCGUCAGAGUUUGUCUCUAUGAAAAAGGCAUGGCUUCGUGAAGAGGCUGUAUUUCAAAAACAAAAAAGAAAGAAAAAUGGAGGGAGACUGUGUUCACUCAUUAAUGUUUACACUUAUUUUUAGAAUGCCAGUUUUGUCCAAAUCUGUGUAGUUUUUUUGUUGUUCAUUUAUGAACUAGGUUUUAUUAAAAUUAAAGACUGCUGGUCGCAAGCGCAAAGUUUGUUUUAUUUAUAGUGAGUUGUUUUUUUUAAGCUUGUGAACCAUUACAUCUUGUUGAAAUGUUCCACUUUUGUUUUGUGAAUGUUCCUUUCUGUGAUGUUAUGGCAGUAUCAGGUUAACCCAUUAUGUGGGACGGAGAGUUUUAUUUAAACUGACGUUUCGACUCGAGACCAUCCUAUUCCUAAAUGAAUAAAUUUGUUUUACAAAAAA